AUGUCCGAGCCCAGCAAGCUAGCAGCGCAGGCGCCCGUCAAGGAGGCGACGCCCGCCCCUACUCUGCCAUCGUCGCGCGCGCCCUCAGAGGCGCCCGCGGCCGCGCCGACGCCCGCUCGCGCGACAUCUGAAGCGCCGGCGUCACCCAAGACACCCAAGAGUCCGAAGCCGGCGGCAGCUAAAGCCGCCACACCCGCGCCUGAGCCCGCACCAGCAGCCGAAGAUCCGCCCACCGAGGAGAUCAUCGACAUGGACGUCUUUGAGCAGAUCCUCGAUCUCGACGAGGAGGGCGAGCACGACUUCUCGUCCGGAAUGGUCUCGGCAUAUUUCGCACAGGCUUCCUCCGCAUUCGAAGAGAUGGACAGCGCAUACGCGAACUCUAAUCUCACAAAGCUCAAGGAGCUUGGUCAUUUCCUUAAGGGCUCAAGCGCCGCCCUCGGCAUCUUCAAGGUGCAAGCAGGUUGCGAGCACAUCCAACACUUUGGCGACCGCCGCGACGAGACGGCGAAUCGUGAUCUCUCACCCGAGGAAGCCCUCGCUCGUAUCAAGCCCAUGCUUGCCUCGGUCAAGAGCGAAUACGCCAUUGCGGAGCGUUGGCUUCGUAACUGGUAUGAGGAUAAGGGCGGCAUUCCCGACCUCCCGGAAGAUUGA